AUGCCGCCUAAACGUGCUAGCGCGCCACGCAAAGUGGCUGCGAGCAGUUCUGGAGCAAGGAAACGUGCUAAUGAAGACCCUCCCGAGGGAGUAGGUUCUAAUCAAGGCAAGAAUAGCAGCAGAGUAAAGCGACAGAAGAAAGUCUAUGAGGAAUCUGAAGAUUCCGACUCUGACGAUUUUGAAGAUUACGAGGACGCGGAUGAUGAUGAUACUGACACCGACCCCCGUAAUGGGCUGAAUCAGAGCCUACCCCCCAUUUCCAAUGUUUAUGCUGCCUUUCAAGACAUUGCCCGCCGGUCGGAGGAGUUGCUUGGUGGCGAUGACCAAAUUGAUCUUCGUGUUGCAACUCUGUGCUCUGGCACCGAAUCCCCCAUAUUUGCAUUGAAGAUGCUUCAAGAAUCUUUCGAUCGACUGCAACCAGACAGACAGUUUUUCAAAUUUUCUCAUGUCUUCAGUGCUGAGAUUGAACCUUUCAAGCAAGCAUACAUCGCACGAAACACAGAAGGAGCUAUCAUAUUCAACAAUGUGUUGGAUUUCAUCGACCCGAAAGAUCUUAAAGCGCCUACUGCAAUGGGCGCAAUGGAAGAGAUCCCCGGGGACAUCGACAUUCUCGUUGCCGGAUGUUCCUGUGUAGAUUUUUCAUCGCUGAAUACUCAGAAACAUACGGAAUAUUCCGACAAUGUCGUCGAGAUUGGAAGCGACUUAAUCAAGGACAUCGAAUGCUUGUGCGGAGGACAGGCCUACAAUGAGUCAAUGUUCGACGUAGUCAACGAGGGGUUUAUCCAACUUCUCGAGAACAUCAAUCAGAUGGGUACAUCGGGACAGACAUUCUUUUCGAUGCUGAAGUACGUAAAAGAUUACCGACCUAAGAUUGUUAUUCUCGAGAAUGUCAUGGGAGCUCCCUGGAAGCAGACUUCGGAACUUUGGUUUCCCUUUAUCGGAUAUAAGGCCGUCUUCGUCAAGGGCGACGCAAAAGACUAUUACAUCCCUCAAACUCGGUUCCGCAACUAUCUUCUUGCUGUUGACAAAGAGUUGUUCGGGGACGAGGCUGCUGACGAGGUAACCAACCUAUGGUAUGACUUGAUGAAGAGUCUUGUUAGGCGUGCAUCUACGCCCGUGAAUUCAUGGUUGUUACCUCCAACUCAUCCAUUAACUGAGCGGGCCCGCCAAGACGAUUCGGAAAAAGCACUCAAUCCAACAUACGAUGCCGAAUGGGAGCGAAGCAAAGCUCGUGCUAUACUUGUUCGCCAAAAGGAAGCACUUGGCGAUUCUCAUCCAUUGACAGAUUGGAGUUUAACCCGGCUCGGUCAACCCUAUGACCGCAUGGAUCGGCUUAUGAUUUUGACACAAUCGAAGCGUGUCCUAGAUUGUAUUGACAUAAAUCAUUUACGAGCAUUAAAGGCUGGAUAUGACUCGAGGUUCAAGAAUCGUAUCCAUGAUCUCAGUCAAAACAUAGACCGAACCAAUAUCAACACCCCGUUCGGCGUAACGGGUUGCAUUACGCCUGCAGGUAUACAUUGGGUAACGGACCAGUGCAGAAUUCUCUCUGGUUAUGAGAUGUUGGGCUUACAGGGUCUACCGCUCCAUCGACUCCAAUUUGGAACUGAGAUUCAGCAGGAGUUGCGAGAUCUUGCUGGCAAUGCAAUGACCACGACAGUAGUUGGUUCUGCUCUCGUGGCUGCCUUGAGAGCGAUUCGAGGAAGUUCCUUAGACUCUAAAUUGCGAGCACUCCCAGACCUUAACACGACCACUGUCAAACCAUUCGAGACGUUGUCUUUAGCAGAAUUCGUUAAGAGAUGCAGGAAGUACUGCUUUUGCAAUAGAUCGGCAAAGUAUAGUACGGACGACUUCUUGGAGUGCACGACAUGUUCCAUUAUUCGCUGCAAGUGGUGCGCUAGAAACCCGCCACAUAGCUUCCGCCCCAUCAAGCGACCCUCAAGCUUCUUACUGCUAGUGGAAGUAGAGCAAGAAGUCAUGCAAUUUCUACCGAGCACACUUGUAGAUCUGGUUUCCGCAGAGUUCCAGACCGAUCUUUCUCCCAAGUCGACAAUUAUUGGUCACGCUUCUAUAAUGAACCAUUUGAAAAGCACAACUUUCUACUUCAAGAGCACCCACGUCACCGAAGUGAGUGCAUAUGGGGAAGAGUUUCGAAAGCAGUUCAGUUUAGAUCAUGUUCGGCUAGAACAUCCUGUCGCAAAGGCCACGAUCAAAGAAGGCGCUCUCAACAUCCUUCCCAAGCCUGAUGCCUGGAAGUUCUGGUGCUUCCAACGAGAACCGCUCCGAGUAGAGAUCAACAAGACAGACAGUAUCCUACAAGUCGUCAAGAUUCAUGUGGACAGCCCUUCCUUGGUUGAGAUGGGGUUGCCUGGUGACUUAGAUGCAGCCUGCGGUAACUUCUACCACAAGCCAGGCUGCGAGGCUCCGGAAGAUAGUCUCCACGCUCUCGACGGGAAGAGACUAUUCCUCUUCAAAGAAUCUGCUCGAACUAGAACACCUGAACACGAUUGUUAUAUCAUUUCAGGAGAAUGCCGUAUGCUGGAGACUUAUGAAUACAGGCAGGUCCUACUUAGGUUUAAGGCUGGUAUGGAUCUCCAGAAGUUGAAAUUAGGUACAAGAACUCUUGAUGCCCGAGUGGAUGGAUUUUGGGUCAGUCCCCAGAUCAUCAGCCACGACCUUCCCUCCGCGACGGCAAAUCACAAACACCUAGAAAUUUUCAAGGUUCCCGAUUCGAAACAUUUCGCCCUUUGCAACGAAGACCUUGAUCAACAGGUUCUGGCUGAAGCAUUAUUCACGAGAGAUAGACAUUGCGAUAAUUAUGGGAUCAUUCGUAAAUAUGAGCAUGUCACGCACACUACGGGACAAUGGGUUACUGUAGGGAAAGUCGAUACCCCUCUGUUUUAUGAGUUCGUUUCAUAUAUCAAUGUGAAACUCGCCAGCCUUGAAUGCCUCGAGGUCAACUUUGAGAUGGCGGAUAUUGACUCUUGGGUGGAAGAGCUUAGAGAUUGGAGGUCCAAAACUGAUGUUCGGGAUUCUCCAUUCGGACAGCUACCACGAGCACAAUGGCUCAAAGUUGACAAGGAACAAGGUCUGAAAUGGGUUCAACAUCGCAAUUCCGAUGCUAUGGCAGCACUUGAAAGCCACAUAAAGAACCAAGUUCCCCCCUUUGAAGUAAGGGUAAAGGUUCACCCCUCCCUGCCAGAAGGCCUACGGCUAGAACAUAUAAGCGGGCCAGUGUAUGAGGGUCAAUUUGUGACCUUGGUUCAAUAUCUGGUAAAUCCUAAGGUCCUUGUAUACCAAGCAGCAGCAUACUUACCACCAACCACGAACGCAGACGCUAAAGUAACUGCCUAUGUCCAGUUCGAGCGCAAUGCCAUUCUACACGAAAAUAUGCAAGUACGUUCCGACGGUUCUGCAAAGCAUAGCUUCGUGCCCUUCCGGAAGUCCUUAAAGACCUUAGAAGGGUUUCAGCCCCCCCAAGUUAUUUCGGAUCAAAUACGUACGAGAAUGGGGACAUUCAAAGAAAGACUGAGCAGGUUCCAGUCGAGGUCUCUUAGUUGGACGCUUUGGCGCGAGUUGCAUGAGCCGGAGUUCACGGAGAGAGAGAUCGAAGAGGAAGGCGUUCCGGACCUCAAAUUGAGACUUGUUGGCCGUGUUGAGCGCAAGGCUUUUCACCAUGGUGGUAUACUUGCGGACCACGUUGGCUACGGAAAAACUGUUGUUAUGCUGUCACUGAUGCAUUGCCAAGAGGCUUUCGACAAAAAGCAGUCUAUGCAGCUGCGGGAUGCUCAGAACCCGCACCGUAUACAUCUUAAGGCCACUCUUGUGCUGGUACCUUCGCAUCUAGUUAGUCAGUGGGCUAAGGAAGCGAAACGUUUUCUCCCUAUCACUACUAAGGAAGUAGUCGUCAUAAGAAAGCUCGGAGAUCUAGUGGACUACCAAGACUUGAGCACUCUCAAAAGGUUACAAAAUGCGAGGCUGAUCAUUAUGAAUCUUGACUGCCUUUCAGACAUUUUGUACUACAAAAACCUUGCUAAGCUUGCAGGGUCUCUUGAUCCGCCCACUCAUGAAAUCAAGGAAAAUCAACCUCAUAUUAAGGGCAAUCAAUACCAGCGUCGCCCUUUUGAAGAGUGGUAUGCAGACUCUGCGCCUGCAGCUGGGGACCACGGUGGGAAGUUAUUGAAGAUAGGCCUAGCAGGAUGGUCUAGCGAAUUGCUCGAGGAGCUACACCGCGAAAUCGAGGGCCGCCGUGAGGCGGUCAAAAACGUAUAUCGAGAAUUUUCGGAGAACUAUCAACAUUCGGUUACAACUGAUAUGGUAGCAAAACAACCAGGAUCCGCCAAGAAAGGACGAGGCUCCUCAAAGAAUUUUAAGCAUUCAGUCAAAAGCUCAACUAUACCGGAAGAGCCGAGUGCGUCCGACACAUUUCCCUCGUCAUCGAAGCUGACUCCGACAGCCAAGAGCAAGUCUACGAGCAAGUCUGCAAGCAAGUCUACGGUCGACUCUACGGUCGACUCUACGGCCGACUCCAAGGACAAAAAGAAAAUUUGCUUGCCAGAUAAGUUUAGGCAUGCAUUGGAAGCUUUUACCUUUGCGCGGAUAGUGUAUGACGAAUUUUCCUACGAAGGGUUUUUUUCGACCCUUGUCAUCUCUAAUUUGCAAGCCCGUUCGAAAUGGAUCCUUUCAGCGACGCCACCGACAAAAGACUUAGCAGCUAUAUGCUACACUGCUAAACACUUAAACGUACAUGUAGCAAGACCAAUCCGCUGCCGGCAGGGAAUGCCUCGGAUCACCAACGGCCCUGUAUUGGAGGAUAGGAGCAAUGCGGAAGAGAUGCGUAUCCCCAAUUUCGUGUCGGAUCAGACUAUUCGGGAGAGACAUCAACAGGGGAUGGAGUUUCUGGAGCAUUUUGCCACCUCUAAUCCCCUCGACCAAGAUCUCUCUGGUGGUGUCGAGGUUGAAGAAAAGGUUGUGGUAUGCGAGAUGGGCCAGUACGAAUUCAUUCUUUACCACGAUAUUGAACAAGAUUUGCGGGCUCAUAACUUCGAUGCGAAUCUUCUGUCGAGAGAAUCCCGUUAUCUAUUGCACCCACUGAUCGAUGGUGAAUGGGGUGCCGACGGGAAGCAAGUCAGUACCGCGGCGUUGAUCCACCGCUCCUCUCACGGAAACUGGCUUAGGUCGGACUAUUCGACGGAAUUACUCAUGGCUCAGCGGACUGCUACGAAACUCACCUCCCUUCGUAUUUUCAAAAGUGUAGCCGAGAAAGCCAUCUGGCUCUCCAAGCGCAUUUGGGGUGAAGAGAAUGAGGUGAAAUACGUCAAUGGCAGAAAUGCUACCACAGAUAUCUACAUCCUUCUUAAAGAUAUCUGGGGGAGAAACUUAGCCAGCUGUGGUGGAUAUGAUGCCUGGAAACAGUUGUCAGGCGAAAUCAUUACCAAGCAGGGUAGGGGGUUUGAUCAGAUAUUCGAGGAUGUCACAAAGGACCAUCCAGGCUUCCUCCUAAACGAAGAGAACUUUUUUAAUGCUCUCAGCACGUUGACCUCAAAGACAUGGAUCGAUUUUUACGAGUUGACAGAUGAGGAUCUCGACAGCAUUACCGAACAAGAAGCCGACGCUCUGAGAGAGGACUUAGUUCGUGCCCGCGAGGAUAAGGCUAUGGACCUAAGAAACGGCGGUGGGUGGUCCAUCUUACAAGAGAUUGCCACCGGGGACCAGGUUCAGUAUAGGCAGCCUAAGGAGAAGAUGAGCGGCCAAGUAGUGGCCGUUACUCCUGAACAAUUAAAAGACAAAGUCAGCAAAGGUUACCUUCAAGGUUUAUGUCGUGCCUUAGGCAUCGCAUUCAAGACUGGUGACUCAGUAGCUACUCUGAAGGGUCGCCUAGAUGCCGCUUCGAAAGGAGAGCUUGAUGAAUCCGACUUCGUCGACUGCAUGAAAUGCAGCGCAAUGAAGCAACAGAGGUUCCCUCUAUUCAACAAAACUACCAAGAUUCGAGGUGGGAAGUACACGUUCACUGGGAACGAUGUGAGCAACUCUGCGAUUGAGCUGCGUAAGGCUUUUGGAAAUGCCGUCAAUGCUAUCAAUCAAGAACGAAUCACCAAGAAUCUCAAGUCGACUAACGAGGAACUCAAAUGCGAUCGUUGCGAAGAGACUGUGCCUAGAGAAACCCUGCACAUGGUUUGCGAAUGCGGUCACCUACUUUGCAAAAAGCAUCUCGACUCGGACUAUUGUGGCGAAGAGGAUGGAAAGUUUUGCCCAUCGUCACUCAAAGGCCCAACUAUGUCGUUGGAGAAAAUCAAUAUCCCUCAGCGACGUCUCGACCUCGGUGCUGCCACGAAUGAGAUUGCCCUGUUUCCUAAGAUUAGCUCGAAGUUCCAAAUGCUAGUGAACACAGUAAGAUCGAUACCGGAUGAUGAAUAUGGUCUCGUAUUUUUUCAAUACCCCAGCCAACUCGAAGAGCUCCAGUACGUCCUAAGGAAAAACGGAAUUGGUUUUGUGUACGUAGCGCCCACCACAAAGGCUCUAAGUAAUUCCGAUGAGCGAAGGGGAUCAGAAUUCGCUUCUAUCAAUAAUCUAGGCUCAAAGGGUGUGUCUGAGCUUCGAGUGCUAUGCGAGGAACGUGGAAUUAAAUGGUCGGAAGAGGAAGAGGCUGCCGACUUAAGCAAGAGGCUUCAGUACUGGAUAAAUAAGUUUGGAAAAACCGUAAAGCAUCCUAAGCUUCGACUAUUGCAAAUUGACGACGUCUCGUCUGCGGGCUCGAACUUCCAAUAUGCCAACCACGUUAUGUUCGUCGCACCCUUUGUGGUAGGCCUACAGGAGAAGUACGACGCUUGCAUGCUGCAAGCGAAGGGCAGAUGCGUCCGUUAUGGACAGAAGAAGAAGGUCCAGGUCUACCAUUUCGUCACAGCCAACACGAUAGAGGUCGACAUAUUGGAGCUGCGAACACAGAGUCAUAUCCUUGUUCGCCCUGGAAAGGCCAUCGGAAGACUUCAACCCGCCCCCGUAGCGGAGAUGAAGAUGAAGGAGUAUGAUGAUGCCGCCUGCGUUGACGAAGAUACCGUUAUGUUUGACGCGACUGAGGGUUCCAAGCCCGACAACGGUGAUCCUGACAUCCAAAUGCAGGAUGCUCCAGAAGCCACCCCCGACGACCCGGAUAAAGAAGAGAGAGUCACAUCGAACCUUAGUUCCGAGGACGUCUGGAAAGCUAUGAAUGAGCUGGAUUGGUUGACCACGAUGGGCAUUGAGUACUAA